GCGCACUAUCUCUUUCCCGAAGUCAGCCAAGGCGGCUUGAAGCCAUUCAAUACUUUCAAUUUUUUCAUCUUCCAUUAUCUUGUCGGCUUCUCGUUCCUUGCCUUGAUCCCCACUCAAAUCAUCCAUACCCAAUUCUUCAUUCACCAUCACACUAUAAACACCCCCCAUAAUGAAAAUGCCUCUCGUUCAAGGCCACAAUCCAAUCAUGGAAGACGCCUUCGAUUUGGCUCAGAUCUCUCUUCGACCCCUCCUUCUUUCCGACGCUGACGAUUUCAUGGUCUGGGCCACCGAUGAGCGAGUGACCAAAUUCUGCAGCUGGGAACCCUAUACAAGCAAAGACGCCGCCGUCGAUUUCAUCCAAAACUUCGCCUCAACGUGCUUAUUGUACCGAGCGAUUUGCGUCGGCGAUCGCGCGAUUGGGUCGAUUUCUGUUCGAUCUUUCGCCGGGGAUGACGUGGCCAGAGCGAAAUCUGCAGAACUUGGGUAUGUUUUAGGGUCGAAGUAUUGGGGGAAAGGGAUCGCGACGAAGGUGGUGAAGCAGGUGAUGGAAAUGGCUUUCGUUGAGUUGCCGGAUCUGGAGAGGCUUGAAGCUCUGGUUGAUGUUGAGAAUGUGGCGUCUCAGAGAGUUCUGGAGAAGGCUGGGUUUCAGAGGGAAGGAAUUCUCAGGAAGUUCUUGUUCAUGAAAGGAAAAUCCAGAGACAUGGUCAUGUUCAGUGUGAUUUCAGACGAAGCUCGAGCUUGAUUUGUUAUAUGUUCAUCUUCAUCGUCGUUCUUAGCUUAGCAUGAAGCCAGUAGCGACUUCGAAUUCGGAUUUCGGAUUUCAAAAUCAAAUGGUCUGAGUUCAGACUCAGAGCAACUGAUUACUGAAGGCGGUGGACAUGUCUUUGGUCUAUGCGCAGCGUUUCAUGAAGCGUGUAUAAUUAAUGAAGGAAUCAUCAAUUAAUUUAUUCUUUAUUUUUGCAUCGCAUAUAAAUUAAAAUAAGUCAUCAACCUACUUCUACAAAUGUCGUAAGAUUCAUCUGAUCGGUCAGCUAAGGGUGCAAUCUCAUUUGAAAGAAGAAUUAAUAUUUACAUGUAUUCUGAU